AAAGGAGGAGGAUCAUGUUGAAGACUGGAUGCUCGCCUCCAUGGAAGCAUCUCCACUUUCUCCAGCAUCCCGCACUAGAUCUUUCAAGAAGCUAGAAGAAGAGCUGACUUGUGAGGUCUGCUUAAAAAUUUACCAGGAUCCCAAGACAUUGCCUUGCCACCAUUCCUUCUGCCUGAAGUGUCUGGAGGAAAUACCCAAUCAAAGUGAUGAGCUCACUUUAAGCAGCAUCAAAUGCCCUUUGUGUCGUUCCCCUGCCGAGAUACCUCUGCAAGGUGCUGCUGGGCUUCCGCCAGCCUUUCAUAUUAACAACCUCAAAGAAGUUUACAAUCUAAUGAUAGCUGAAUCGAAAAAAGUAGCAGAUGAGGAGGUAGUGUGUUACGUUCAAACACACGAUGAGCCAUUGAAGUAUUAUUGUAAUACUUGUAGCAAAAGCAUCUGCCGUGACUGUGCCAUACUUGAUCACAAAGAGCACAAGUAUUCGCUGAUAUCAGACAUCUACAACGCCCACCAUUGUCAAUUGGAAUCGACUCUGAAUGGUGUCAGUGAUAAAAUUAGUGAUGUGCAAAAGGCCAUUGAUUCUUUAUCACAAAGAAAGAAAUAUAUUUCGGAGCAAAGCAAAGUAGUCGGAAAAGAAAUACAGUUAAAAGUCGAAGCUAUCAUACAAAACCUCAAAAAGUCUGAAGCAAGGAUAACAAAUGACUUGGACAGUAUCACUAACACUAAACUCCAGGUGUUAUCUGAUCAAAAAACGGCAGCUGAAAUAACUUUAAAACAUCUCAUAAGCUGUAAAGAAAAUGUAGAGUUAAGUCUGAGAGAAAAGAGUCGCAUAAAAGUAAUUGAAACCGAGAAGCAAAUGAUGGAUUGCAUGAGUCGUGUAGUUAAUGAAAGUGCAUCUAAAAUGAAUGAGUUCAGCCCUUUUGAGACAGCCAGUAUCCAGUUUAUAGCAACCGAUAGCAAUCCAUCACUUGGAAUCAUUGCAGCUUCAUCUUCACCUACUACACUAGAGCAGCAUAAUUUUGAAGGAAAGGUUUCUGGCCUACGAUAUUAUAAGAAAGAAAAUGUGCUUCAAUUCUCAUUAACAAUCCAUCUAUUGGAAUCUUGUAUUGUCUCUGUUCCUUUUGUAGCUUUAAAGUUUAGUCUAAUACCAGCUCAAGGCGUUAAUGGAUCCAUUGAUCCUGCUGUUACUGAAAUACCUAAUGGUCCUGGAAAGUACAGAAUAUCCUGUUCUCCUACAACCAGUGGAAUUCAUAGGAUUAAAGUCCAAGUACAUGAUGUCUCACUUAAGGAUACUUUGCUAGUCAUACCAUUCAAUCCUUACCAUCUUGAUGCAGCUAGGCCUUUGAAAUCCAUUGCCGGACUUAAACGUCCCUGGGGCGUUGCUGUAAGCAGUGAUGGCCAUAUUAUGGUAACAGAAUGGGGUAAUGGCUGCUUAUCUAUCCUAAAUAAAGAAGGGCUAAAACUAACUUCGAUUGGUGGAGAAGAUGGAAUAGGAUCUAUCAAGUUUGUCUCUCCCCGUGGUGUAGCCAUGACUCAUGAUAAUCUCAUUCUGGUUACUGAUGACCACAGAAUAUGCAAGAUAGCAAUGAAUGGUAACUGCAUUGCAUCCGUUGGUGAAAAAGGGUACGGUAGGCUACAAUUUAAUACGCCCUCUGGUGUCACAGUUUCUCCUAUAACCAGCCAGAUUUUUAUAGCUGAUCGUUACAAUCAUCGCAUACAAGUACUCAAUCAAGACCUAACUUUCUCACAUUGUCUUGACAAGCAGGGAACUGGUCCUGGAGAGUUCUUUAAACCACGUGGUGUUGCCUUUGACACUGAAGGAUCAUUCCUGUAUGUUGCGGACUGCAAUAAUCACCGGAUUCAGAAAUUUACUCCAGAGGGAAAGUUUGUGGCUCAAUUUGGCAGUAAAGGAUCUGAUCCUGGUCAGCUCUUUUCGCCUGGUGCUAUUGCUAUUGAUGAUAACAAUUUAGUGUAUGUUACAGAAUGGGAGAAUAGGAGAUUGUCUGUCUUUACCGGCAAUGGAGAUUUUGUUAGUAGCUAUGGUGGCAAUGGUAGUAGUAAUCAGUUUAAACCUUCGACAGGUAUAGCUUUUGAUGGCAAAGGGACAAUGUAUGUUUGUGAUUUUGAUAACAACAGCUUGGUGAUGUAUUAAUAAUUCUUUAUGCUAGGCUCUGUAAAAUAAUUAUUUUUGAAUUUAUUAUUAUUAUUUGCUGCACAAUUAGUGCCUCCU